UUAGUUGGGUUCCUCCUCCUCUUCUCUCUCUGCAGGCUGCUCUCAGAGCUUCACUUGACGGCUACAGCUCAGCGAUAAGUCCCGUUCAGACAGACCAGGAUCCGGAAAACCUUUACGCGUCCGUAAGAUUUUAUUCCCACUGUUGAAAAACCUUCCAACAUCUUCAGGAUGGCCAGCAGAGGAACUGUUAAAGCCAGUGCUAACUUCAACGCCAGUGCAGAUGCGGAGGUUCUGCACAAAGCCAUGAAAGGACUAGGGACCGACGAGGCUGCCAUCCUGCAGCUGGUGACUGCUCGCAGCAACGCCCAGCGGCAGGAGAUCAAGGCUGCCUACAAGACUCUGUUUGGAAAGGAUCUGGUGAAUGACCUGAAGGGAGAGCUGGGAGGUACAUUUGAGAGGUUGAUUGUGGCUCUUAUGACCCCACCUCUUACUUAUGAUGUGACAUCCCUUCGAAAUGCCAUCAAGGGAGCAGGAACAGACGAGAAGGUUCUGGUGGAGAUACUUGCCUCAAGAACAGCUCAGCAGGUGAAGGACAUUGUUGCUGCUUACAGAAAAGAGUACGAUGAUGACUUGGAGAAGGAUGUCUGUGGAGACACUUCAGGUCACUUCAAGAGACUACUGGUUAUUCUGCUUCAGGCGAACAGGCAGACUGGAAUCCAGGAGGGCAACAUCGAGAGUGAUGCUCAGGCUCUGUUCAAAGCAGGAGAGGAGAAAUUUGGAACCGAUGAACAGUCGUUCAUUACCAUCCUAGGAAACCGGAGUGCCCAACACCUGAGGAAAGUGUUCGAUGCCUACAUGAAAAUGUCUGGAUUUGAGAUGGAGGAGAGCAUUCAGAAAGAAACAUCUGGAAGCUUGAAGGACCUGCUUCUAGCAGUGGUGAAGUGUGCUAGGAGUGUCCCAGCCUACUUUGCAGAGACUCUUUACCACGCCAUGAAGGGCGCAGGUACAGAUGAUAACACUCUAAUUAGAGUGAUGGUGACUCGCUGUGAAGUCGACAUGUUAGACAUCCGGGCUGAGUUCAGGAAGAGGUUUGCUUGCUCUCUGCAUUCAAUGAUCAAGGGAGAUACCGGCGGUGACUACAGGAAGACUUUACUGUUGCUCUGCGGUGGAGACGAUGCGUAACUUCACCAGCAGUAAUUGAUAGGAACUGACCUCAUACAAAGUUGUGUUGUUUUGUAUGAGAGGUCUUUUAAAUCCAAAUAUUGUCUUUGAAAGGCAAAUAACAUUUUGUCCACUUUAUUGCGGCUUCUUCUACUAAUAUGAUUCAUUUACAAUACUGAAGGACCAGAUUACAUUUGUUUACUUUGCACUUUGUAUGUCGGAACCAGUGAAAGCAAUAUUAAAUGUUUCACUUAAAGAAAAACAA